AUUCUUUUGAUAUAUUUUCAAUAGUUACACGCUUCGCAAACCAGCAUCACCUUUUUGUUUAAUUCACACAUAUUCUAAACAUGCCGACAAAGAGAGUCCGUCAAAACGACUGUGCGCAGCCAGUUACCGCAAAGCGGCAGAGGCGACAGAUGAACGCUUCUCAGCCAACAAACACAAAGAGAAAGGCAGCCGCGGCCUCCAAGCAGGCACCGCCAGGCAAGAGAGCAAAGAGAAACGCGGAUACUGCUGCAAACUCCGCGCAGCCGCAAAACAACAGAAAACGCGUGUACAAGAAGAAAGCAGCCCCACGCCAGAACAAAGCCCAGCCUGUGCCUAUUACGCCGUCCGAUAGCAGCAACACAAAAGAAGGCAGUCCAGCUGGUGACAAGCAGGCCGACACAGCACCCGGCCCUUGUCCCAGCAACGCCCACGUUGAUGCCAAGCCCAGCUCAUCGGAAAGGCAAAUGAUGUUUGAGCGUAUGGAGCCGGCUAUGCGCGAGUUAAAGCGACACCUCAGUGGACCACAUCCCAGCGUCGUCGAACUGGCAGCACCAGUGGCUGCAGAAUACAAGCAGAGGGCGGCUAUGGUUGCUGAUAUUGUUCACCGGGCCAUGGAGCAGCUUUCAUCUGGCUCCAAGCACAUGCCGGCCAGCGACUUGGCUAUUUUGGAAGAGCUCAUCAACGCCGACUCGGUCUGGCCCGUUAGGCUAGCUCGCUCGAACUACGCCGCCAUUGAUUAUUUGGCGAGCAGGCUCAGGCAGGACUACAAUGCACUUUCCAAGUGGACAGGCACACACACAUCUGGCGACCACAACGGAAGCAGCAGCAGCAGUGGUGACGUAAGCAAAGGUGCCGAGUCAUUUACCUCGUUCGUAUCUCGUAUUAUCCAUGGACUGCAUCAGCAUGCCAAGGGAGGGCAAGGACGCCCCGAGCCACGCCGGGUGCUCAUUCUGUCCACUGCGCCAGUCAGCACUACAGAUACUGGAGAAGAGUGCACCCACCAUACCAUUGGUCGGAUUGGCUUGGGCAUCGACUCUGCGCUGGCCACUGUCGCUACGACCGACAGCUCCGAGGCAACGUUGGACGGCAAUGUAGACGCAAUCAACAACAACGACGAGUGGUACGCCGGUCUGUUUGCCGCCAUCGAGGUCGGGCAGGGCUCGUCAUCGGAUGACGUGGACAGCGCCGCGCUGCAGCUGUCUAAGCACUGUCGCCACAUUUAUCGCGCACAGCCCAACCGGCGCUUUGUGUGGGGCCUGACUAUUUGCGGCAGCUCUGUCCGGGUGUACUUGUUUGGAUGCAACUUUGUUCUGGUCUCUGAAGCCAUGGACAUUUGCACCGAGGCGGGCCGUAGCGAGGUCAUCAAGCUGUUUGUUAAUUUGUCCUUUAGCGAGGACCACCGGCUGGGUUUGACCCAAGCAUUAAGCACUUGCAUGACCUCGACUGUUGGAGAUUACGGUUCCUGGCACAGCUGCCACGGACAGCGCUGACAGCACGGACAGCAGCGGUGGCAAUGCCAAUUCUUCUGAAUAUACUGAACGCACAUUCUACAGUAGCCACAUAUCAAUUGAGGCUAGUCAUUUGUUUGGGCGGCUCACGCGGUGCUUCCUAGCAACGGAUAAGAAGCCAACCAGAGACAGUCGCAUCAGAAGCAAGGACUGCACCGUUUUUAUCAAGGACGCCUGGACCGAGGUGGCUGAUGGAAGUGGCGACAAUGACGUGCGCGACG